UCAUGGGUUGGCUCAUGUGCGCCCUCUCCUCACAUCCCGCAUUGCGAGCCUCUUGUGUACAGUCAUCAUUCCCAUGAACCUACCAAGCCAUGUAUAAUAGUGAAUUGCCGUGGACAUCAACUUAAUAGCUCAACUUCUAUCCUGGGAAUGCUCCGGCUUAGCUCUAUCUACACUGUACAUGGUCACGCUGAAGUGGCCAGAGUGUCCCAGGUAGACGGAUACCUCGGGCCAAAGUGCCAUUCUUCUUCAACAUUGUUGAACCGGAGGGCUAUGGGCCCGAAAAAGAAAAGGAAGGGUGAAAAAAGGAAAAGAAACGAGGGAAAAAAAGAGCAAAGAGGGAAGAAGCCCACACCCCCAAGUGAUCCACCCACAUGUGGCCACUCACGCUUAAGCAGACUUGAUCAGACUUACAUUCCCCGUACACCGUAUCAUCAUUAUUCAUGACAAUUAGGGUGGUUCUUCCUCACACCUUUACGAGUUUCGUUCUGAGCAAUUUGCAGUGCUCUUAUUUGAAGGAGAAUCCAGCGCAAGAAUCCCAGCUAUAUUAUAUAUAAUCCAACCUGGCUUACCUGAGCUGAACCU